UUUGGAGAGAAUCCUAACAUUAUCUUCUUGAUUUUUUAAUCUCAUCUUAAAUAUCCCAUUCCCAUUUCUUAUAGCACUCUGGAUCUUUUCAUUUCUUUCUUGAACUCAGCUUUCUUCUCAAUCUCAAGUGUAUUGGAACUUGUUUAGUUCUAAAAAUCUUGUUUUACUCUAAAGUUUGGUAGCUUAAGCUCGGAUAUUCAUUCUUUUAUUUGCAGCAACAUUUGUGUGAAGUUGUUUUGCUGUAAGAAUAAGAAGAAGCUAAGAAGAUGAAGAUUCAGUGUGAUGUGUGUGAGAAUGCACCAGCAACAGUAAUAUGUUGUGCAGAUGAAGCAGCUUUGUGUAGUAAAUGUGAUGUUGAAGUUCAUGCAGCUAACAAACUUGCUAGCAAGCAUCAGAGGCUUCAUCUUGAUGCACUCUCUAAUAAGCUCCCUAAGUGUGAUAUCUGCCAAGACAAAACAGCAUUUAUAUUCUGUGUUGAAGACAGAGCACUGUUUUGCAAAGAUUGUGAUGAGCCAAUUCAUUCAGCUGGUAGUAUUUCUAGUAACCAUCAGCGAUUUUUGGCUACUGGAAUUCGCGUAGCGUUGGCCUCUAGCUGUGCUAAAGAAAUCGAAAAACAAAUUCCAGAACCACCAAGCAAUCAAAAGUUGCAGCCUCCAUGUGCAGUCAAACAUACUGUCCAGAGUCUCCAGACUGUUCCACAACAACCGUCUAAUUACGCAAACUCUCCAACUUGGGCUGUUGAUGAUUUGCUACAAUUUUCCGAUUUUGAAUCUAGUGACAAGUUACAGAAGGAUUCAUCAAUCGAUUUUGGAGAGCUAGACUGGUUUACAGAUAUUGGUAUGUACAACAACCAAGUUAAUCAAGAAGCUUCAAUGGCAGCAGCAGAAGUCCCACAACUUUCUAUUUCAUCAUUGCAACCAUCCAAUAACACUGCAGCUACAUACAAAUCCAUAAUGAAAUCCAAUUACUACAUGCCUGCCAACAAAAAACCAAGAAUUGAAAUCUCUGACGAUGAAGAGAAUUUCAUGGUCCCUGAUCUUGGUUAGAUAUAUUGAGUGAAUAAAACUCAUAUUAACACAUACAUAAAGACUGCUGAAAAUGUAUGUAUUUUUAGUAUGAAGCCAAACCAAGUAUAUAUUCGUGCUUACCAAAUGUAUGUUUUUGUGUAAAAGCUUAUCGACAAUCUUGAUCGUCUUUGACGCACUUUUUAUUAGCGCUUUAUAUAUGCUUUUAAUGACCUUGGGUUGUUGUUAGUUCAAUUUAGUUUCAAGUACGGAAUUUGACCUGCA